CCGGGCCGGGCCGGGCCGUGGCCGUUGCUGGGAGGCCCGGGGGCUCACGCGGUGGCGUCGGGGAAGCGGUAGCAACCGCCCUCCUCCCGCUGGCUUCUUCUUGCGACUUUUCUUUUGUUGUUGCCGUGACCCGGGUCUGUUUUCUUGGCUGCUGUUGAAGGUGUUUUCCUGCUGCACCGGCUCUACGCCCUCCACCUCCUUCCCUGUGGUUUUAACCUUCCUCUUUCCCCGUGUGCUCUAAGCACAGGCAGCUACGCAAAGAUUUGCAUUUCUUCCCCACUCGGCACCCCCACCCCCGCCCGCACCUCUUUGAAAAACAAAACCCCAACCUCUCAAAACCUCUAUGGAUCGGCGGUAGCGAGACGUGAUGGGGUUGAUUUGUGGAGUGGGAGUCGCUGGCCCAUUGCGGUGCUUGGGGCUCGUUAAACUGUCACUCACCCCCCACCCCACUGGGUAAAUGGGGUGAUUAAUGUCUGAUAUAUAGGAAUGGGCGAGGGCGUUUGUGGAGAAUGGGUUGUUGCCUGGGGAAGAGUGGCUCGGGAACUAGGCUUUCAUAAUUAUGUCAUUCACCGCGAAGUUUGAGAAAGUUAGGUUUGUGACUUUGGGAAAGCGAGGAUAAGACCGAGUGGUUGGGUUUUGCAGUCCCUUAACUCUUUGCCUCGGUUUUCUAAUGAGACCCCAGUAGUUACCGCGAGGACUCUUUCGUCUCAGGCCCCAGGUCCUUUUCUGCUUCUCACCCUUCCAAGUGUCUUGUGGAAAAGUGACUUUUCGUGGAUGUCGCAGCACCUCACAGGGUGCUCUGGCUUAUGUUACCAUUUCAUCAACCGCGAGGAAAGACCCACAAACUGGCUUGAAAGUUCCCAAACUCACUGGACCUGUCUGUCCCCCUCCCCCCCAAAGGUUUUCUUGUGAUCAUAAACAUUACAAAGUGACCCCAACACAAAAAACAAAACACAAAUGUUAUGGGACACAGAUCAAGGGAAGACAAGGUUCUGCUUUUUCUGCACAGAAAGAUCAGAUGCGCAGUCUGCUUUUUUUCCACCGAUGUAACAGACCUGGAGCCAGGAAGACUCAGAGGAAAGGACUUAAUCAGGUUUAUGUGUCCUAAAGGUUAUGAAGACAGUAUGGAGUUUCCAGACCACAGUAGACAUUUGCUGCAGUGUCUGAGUGAGCAGAGACACCAGGGCUUUCUUUGUGACUGCACUGUUCUGGUGGGAGAUGCCCAGUUCCGAGCGCACCGAGCUGUACUGGCUUCAUGCAGCAUGUAUUUCCACCUCUUUUACAAGGACCAGCUGGACAAAAGAGACAUUGUUCAUCUGAACAGCGACAUUGUUACAGCCCCCGCUUUCGCUCUCCUGCUUGAAUUCAUGUAUGAAGGGAAACUCCAGUUCAAAGACUUGCCCAUUGAAGACGUGCUAGCAGCUGCCAGUUAUCUCCACAUGUAUGACAUUGUCAAAGUCUGCAAAAAGAAACUAAAAGAGAAAGCCACCACAGAGGCAGACAGCACCAAAAAGGAGGAAGAUGCCUCAAGUUGUUCGGACAAAGUCGAGAGCCUCUCGGAUGGCAGCAGCCACAUGGCAGGCGAUUUGCCCAGUGAUGAAGAUGAAGGAGAAGAUGAAAAGUUGAAUAUCCUGCCCAGCAAAAGGGACUUGGCGGCCGAGCCUGGGAACAUGUGGAUGCGAUUGCCCUCAGACUCAGCAGGCAUCCCCCAGGCUGGCGGAGAGGCAGAGCCACACGCCACAGCAGCUGGAAAAACAGUAGCCAGCCCCUGCAGCUCAACAGAGUCUUUGUCCCAGAGGUCUGUCACCUCCGUGAGGGAUUCAGCAGAUGUUGACUGUGUGCUGGACCUGUCUGUCAAGUCCAGCCUUUCAGGAGUUGAAAAUCUGAACAGCUCUUAUUUCUCUUCACAGGACGUGCUGAGAAGCAACCUGGUGCAGGUGAAGGUGGAGAAAGAGGCUUCCUGUGAUGAGAGUGAUGUUGGCACUAAUGACUAUGACAUGGAACAUAGCACUGUGAAAGAAAGUGUGAGCACUAAUAACAGGGUACAGUAUGAGCCGGCCCAUCUGGCUCCUCUGAGGGAGGACUCGGUCUUGAGGGAGCUGGAUCGGGAGGACAAAGCCAGUGAUGAUGAAAUGAUGACCCCGGAGAGCGAGCGGGUCCAGGUGGAAGGGGGCAUGGAGAGCAGUCUGCUCCCCUACGUCUCCAACAUCCUGAGCCCUGCGGGCCAGAUCUUCAUGUGCCCCCUGUGCAACAAAGUCUUCCCCAGCCCUCAUAUCCUGCAGAUCCACCUGAGCACCCACUUCCGGGAGCAGGACGGCAUCCGCAGCAAGCCGGCGGCCGAUGUCAACGUGCCCACGUGCUCGCUGUGCGGGAAGACUUUCUCCUGCAUGUACACCCUCAAGCGUCACGAGAGGACUCACUCGGGGGAGAAGCCCUACACAUGCACCCAGUGCGGCAAGAGCUUCCAGUACUCGCACAACCUGAGCCGCCACGCCGUGGUGCACACACGCGAGAAGCCGCAUGCCUGCAAGUGGUGUGAGCGCAGGUUCACGCAGUCGGGAGACCUGUACAGACACAUUCGCAAGUUUCACUGUGAGUUGGUGAACUCCUUGUCGGUCAAAAGUGAAGCACUGAGCUUGCCUACUGUCAGAGACUGGACCUUAGAAGAUAGCUCUCAAGAACUUUGGAAAUAAUUUUAUAUAUAUAUAUAUAAAUAAUAUAUAUAUAUACAUAUAUACAUAUAUACAUAGAUCUCUAUAUAGUUGUGGUACGGUCUAAAAGCAGUCUUGUUUCCUGGAACUAAAAAGUUGGGAUCUUAACUUGUUUUGCACUUUAGAAUAAUAGCAUGAGAAUCUCACUAAUUUAGCAUUCUGAUAAAAGAAACUUUAGAACAAGUCAGAGAAUAGAGAGGUAUCUUUCCUUUGAGGGAUAGGUGAAGUAAGCCAAUAAGAACCUUCUAAACAAAUUGUCUUAUCACACAAUGCUUUCAUAUGGCUUAAUUUUGUCAACACUGCAUUGUCUUGAGUUUUUGUGCCCCACAUUUUUUGUUUUGUUUUUUAAAAGUAGAAAUUCCCUCCAGUUAUAUUAACCUCUACAUCUCAAAUUGCAUGAACCUUUUCUGGCUGUUGGAAACCUGAAUGCUUUUAGACCCAAAUGGAAAAUUUCUGAAAUGCUGGAUUAUCUAUUUUUAAACAAGCAGUUGACUUAAAACUUUCUGUGGCAACUUCUGGUUUUCUGACGGUUCCCAAUGAGAGAAAUUCUGAAAGUACACUGGGAUCACUGGGACACUGUCUUUGUGAAGGUUUGCUUGAGAUGAAAAAGGAUAUUGCAGCUUCAGCAGUGUUGAACUGUGUGUUUAAAAAUGUGAAUUACUGUUCUUGUAUACUGUAAUUGAUUACAUGGGCUGGGGGGGUGUCAAAGAACUUGACAGGUUGUGUUGAUGCUCUUAGUUGAGUCUUGAAAAGUAAAUAUUAACGCUACAGAAAUGCAUGAGUUCAAUAUAUUUUUUGUCUUUGUUUGCAUUGUAUAACUUUAACGAGUGAGUUUAAAAUUAUUUAAUUUCCUUAGAAAAAUAGCACCAUUUGGAAAAAACUGGUGUUAUGAAGAACGUAAAUGCACUGUUUUUAUUUUUAUUUUAUAUAAUUUAAAUUGACUUUCCCACUGUCCUUAAGUUGAAACUGUUAAGCUGAAUAAAACUUAAGCUGCAAAUUGAUAACUUUGCUACAUAACAAGGAACAUAUACAUGUUUACAAACGGCUUAAAGAUUUGCAUGUGCAGUGUGCAUUUAUAACAAACUUCUAAUUGCACAAAACCCAUGCCAGCUCAAAGUUUAGGUGUACACAUUUACCCAGUUGAGCAUUUUUAGAAUAACUACUGCACAAAUUGACAAUAGGUCAUUCUCAUUUUUUUUUUUUUUUUUGCUCCCCUUUUCUUUCUCUUCCUCUCCCCCCCCACCCCCACUCAUGAAAAGAUUCUAUGGACUGAAAAAGCCCCAGGCUGAAAGGACUGGACUGCCUUGAUUGACAUGGGGAAGGGGGUUAGUGGACUAUGUGUAUCGGCAGCAGAGGCUGCAGCCUAAUGUGUGGUUUUAAUGACCAGCACACAGGGCAAAAGCAUUUUGCACAGUGUUUGUUUUCCUGUCUUGCACUUACAAAUAAGGUCUAUGGGAGUAGCAUGGAAAACGUUUGCUGUUUUUUCCUUUUUUUUUUUUUUUUAAUUGCUUUUGUUUAAAAUUUGAUCGCCUUAACUACUGUAAACAUAGCCUAUUUUUGUGCUUAAGAUACUGAAUGGAAAACUCCAUUGUGUGUUGCUGGACUGUUUUGGAAAUAUUUGGUCAAAUGUGUGUUAAUUUGGCUGUAAUGGCAUUUAAAGCAAACAAACAAAAAAAAAGCUGUGAAAAUGGCCUUGGAGCAUUAUCUUUAGUUACUUGAAGAGUUUCUAGUUUUUUUUUUUUAAAUACAGUUUUAUGUUAAAAUAAUUUUUAUUAAUUUAGAGAAGACAAUCAAUGUCUGUGAGAAAAACGGACUUUCUUUUGGAUUUUCUUUUUGUGGUCAUUGUGAGUGAUUGCUUCUUCCUUUUCUUAGUUUCACAUUCUUCCUUUGUUCUAAAACUUAGACUGACAUCUAGCUUUGACAAUCAUAGUAUGUUUUAUUUUCCUGAGGGGGGAAUAACUUAUAAUGCUGUUUAGUUUUGUACUAUUGGUGUGUUGGUGAAUUUUUAAACUGUGUGCUAACUGCAAUAAAUUAUAUGAACUGAGAA